GCGGUCCGAGUUGGUACUUGGCUUAUAAUUACUAUCAUUCCGUUAAGUUAUUAAUUAAUAGUUACUAAUUUUUAAAAAUGUCAGCACAUUUUGUUAAGUUUUAAUAAAUAUUUAUUUUUGUAUUUGUGAUUUUUUUGCUCUAUAAUCCAUUAGAUCUGUUUUGAUUUUGUUUUUUGUUUUGCUGAACUACAUUGAUUGUUUCAUCUGGGGAUGCUUUUCGUUUUUCCUGAAUACGAUAUUUGUUCUAAGAUAUUUUUGCUAGUAGAUAUAAAAAUGAAAUUUGUAUAUGUUAUUUUAUCGUUUGCCUCGGCAAACGUUUUUGUAGCAGCAUUAGAUGAAUAUGCUAAGGAGGUUCUCAAAACAAACGUACUGAUAAAGCAGGCUGAAGCUCAUUUGCCGAAAAUAGUUAAAAACAUUAUUCAAGGAACUUUUACGAUGGAGAUAAUGACUUUGUUGUUGGCAGUACCAGAAAGACCAAGCAAUACCCUAACACAAACAAACCUUAAAAGGUUUUGCGAACCUCAUGGAAUGAUAGUUUUCCAGACUCAAUUGCAAUCAGAAAUAGAGGAUGUAAUUAAUAUCAAUCCAUUUGAUAUAAAUGAAGGAGAUUUUGAAGAUGUUAGUCUAUUUAAUUUGGGAGAAGCGAGAAGAAUGAAAACUAGUGCAGCUGUAAAUGAUUUACUCAAUUUAGUAAUAAGUAAAACCGAUCCAGAUUUUGAAGAUGUGUUCUAUGUGUGUCGUUUAAUAGGAUUGUUCAGAGCUAUUGAACAACCAGCUUUGUAUAUAAAGUCUGCUAAUGUCAUCGAAAGAACUUGUUUCAUAACAGAUGUAAACAAGAAUGUAAGUAGAUACAGAACCGUUGAUGGCGAUAUUUGGCAAAUUAAGGCUGACGGUACACCAUUCCAGCUACUUUCUUCUCAAAUAGUAUGAUUUAAACCAAAAACUAUAAAGAUAACUUCUUUUGUAGUACUAAUAUUAUAUUGAAUUUAUUUUUGCACACCUCCUAUUAUCAACGUUGUCAAUAAAUUUAAUGUCAUUA